AUGAAGUUCAUCAAGCAAAUCGCCCAGCGCCUGAACCCCGACUUACACAUCCCCGGCACCGACAAUCCACCACCAGCCGUGCUGCGCAAGUCAAAGAGCUCAACCACACUACUAGUAACAGAGAAACGAAAAGAACUCUCCACGCCGCCAUCGCAAUCCUCGCUGCGCAAGAAAGCAAGUUCCAUGUUCCUAGGCCGCGGGAAACGCCUACGCGCUAUCCCCAUCCCCGCUUUCAACACCGCGACCAUCGACGCAGAACUCCUCAAGGACAACACAGCCUUCCACGCAAACCUCAAGGCAACCCUCGACUCGCACGUCUACCAGAACAUCAACUCGAACUACUCAAACGCCCACGCCUCAUCAUCCAUGGCCAUGUCCGUCAGCACAUCCGAUAAAUCCCUGCCUUACUUCCCACUCGCGGGGCAGGCCAAAGACGGGUUUUCCAACAACGAAGAAGCGACUGCGACGUGUUUCUGCGGCGCAGUUCAACUCGCUUUUCCGGUCGAGGGCCCCGGUUUGGUAUCGACGUUUGUGUGUAAUUGUGCGGAUUGCAGGAAGAUUACUGCGAGUAUGUUUGCUAGUAAUUUUACGGUUAGGGAUUCACACCUGCGCCACCUCCGUGGUCGUGCUAACUUGUCGUCGUACGGUCAGGCCUCGACGAUAGCUUCGGGCCAUACUAUGACGAACUACUUUUGCAAGACGUGCGGCACGCUCAUGUAUCGCGUUGGCGCUGCUUUCCCUGAUUGUUCCAUCUUGCGGCUUGGGACAGUGGAUGAUUUCAAUCUCGUCGAGACGAAGUUGAAGCCGACGCGCGAGCUGUUUGUCAAGGAUCGAGUGAGUUGGUUUGAAGGUGUGAAGGGGGAUGAGGUCAAAAGUUUUCAGGCUAUGUUGUGA